GUCCGUCACGAAUCCUAAAAAGUCUUCACCUUUUGGUUUCGUUUUCGUCGGUCGUCACUUUUGUUGGGCAAGCUAAUAAAAGAGAAAAGAAAAAAAAAAGAUAAAAUCAUCUUUAUUACUAACGGCUUAUCUAACAAGGUUAAGAGAGAUCCCUCCCUUCCUACAAAGAUCCAAAAGCAGAGAACUUUCUAGUCAAUGCUGCUUAAGAUCUGACUUUUCCUCCCUUCCAUGUCGCUCUGAAGUCCCCCCAAAAUUUAGCCCAUCAGGUGGAUAAAGCAGAGGUAGGAAGAUGGGAACUGGUCUAAACAACGCGUUAUCACGGAAGUACAAUGGUUUAGAGCUCUGGGAGAUCAUAGUGAUUGUUCUCUCCGCAAUUUUCCUUAUAGUUUUAGCUCUAUCUAUAUGGCUUACUUUCAGAAGAAAAAAGUCUAGACCAUCUUCUAGCCAAAUCCCUCUUACCUUCCAGAUACCUCCUAGUGUCCCUGAAGAGAUCAAAGAGAUUAGAGUCGACGAGGUUUCCUCAACCAACGGCGAGGGCAAUGGAUAUCCCUCCAUUAGCGAGAAGUUUGGAGAUAAAGAACCUGAGAAAGGGGUAGCAGCAGUAGUAGCAGCAGGGUCGGAGAACGGUGAUAGUAGCAGCAGAUCAGGCUCGUUUAAUCACUUGGAGAAGAAAGAUGGUUCGAGCGUGUCUUCUGCUAAUCAUCUUACAGCUCCUUCUCCUUUGUCUGGUCUUCCAGAGUUUUCUCACCUCGGAUGGGGUCAUUGGUUCACUCUCAGAGAUCUUCAGAUGGCUACAAACAAUUUCUCGAGGGAUAAUAUCAUCGGUGAUGGUGGGUAUGGAGUUGUGUACCGUGGUAACCUUGUGAAUGGUACCCAUGUAGCUGUUAAAAAGCUGCUCAACAAUCUAGGGCAAGCUGAUAAAGACUUCAGAGUAGAGGUUGAAGCUAUAGGUCACGUUCGCCACAAGAACUUGGUCCGUCUUCUUGGAUAUUGCAUGGAAGGAACUCAGAGGAUGCUUGUGUAUGAGUAUGUUAACAAUGGGAACUUGGAGCAAUGGCUACGUGGAGACAACCAAAACCAUGAGUAUCUAACUUGGGACGCACGGAUGAAGAUUCUUAUAGGAACAGCCAAAGCGCUUGCUUACCUUCACGAGGCGAUUGAGCCAAAAGUGGUGCAUAGAGACAUAAAGUCUAGCAACAUUCUGAUUGAUGACAAAUUCAAUUCUAAGAUCUCUGACUUUGGACUUGCGAAGCUGCUUGGUGCUGAUAAAAGCUUUAUAACUACUAGAGUAAUGGGCACCUUUGGCUAUGUGGCUCCAGAGUAUGCCAAUUCUGGUCUUCUGAAUGAGAAAAGUGAUGUCUACAGCUUUGGUGUUGUUGUCUUGGAAGCUAUAACUGGGAGAUAUCCAGUAGACUAUGCUCGCCCACCACCUGAGGUACAUUUGGUGGAAUGGCUGAAGAUGAUGGUUCAACAAAGAAGAUCAGAAGAAGUGGUUGACCCAAACCUCAACACAAAACCAUCUACCAGUGCAUUGAAAAGAACACUCUUGACUGCUCUGAGAUGUGUUGAUCCCAUGUCCGAGAAACGACCGAGGAUGAGCCAAGUUGCCCGUAUGCUUGAAUCUGAGGAGUACCCAAUCCCUAGAGAGGAUAGGAGAAAACGAAGGAGUCAGAACGGGACAACAAGAGAUUCAGAUCCUCCUAGGAACAGCACAGACACUGACAAGAGUGAGUACCAUGACAUAAAGCCUGAAGCUGGAUAAGCAUUGGAGAUAAAUGAUCAAGGUGUAAAUGGUCAUGAAGUUCCGAGCUUUAUGUGAAGCAAGUCCUUGUUCUUGUUAUGUCAUAUUUGGUAAUAAGGAGGGAGAAGAGCGAGCGUGUUGAUUGUUUGUGUUUAAGAUGGGUUUAGUUUGUUUCCACUACACACCAUUUGCUUGUACAGAGUUUGUUUGUUUGUUGUAUUAUUAUUUGCUUCUCUAGGUGUUGCAAUGUAGGUUGUUUUUGGACCCAAAAAAACUCAAGGUUUUGUAGGAGAUGUUAUGACAUUGAGAUAAACAACGUGUGGUUUGGUUUGUAGGAGAUGUUAUGCCA